CACAGCUGGCUGCGCGCGUCCCACAAACACACACACGCACGCACACACGCACAGGUAGGACGGGGUGAGACAGGAAUGAGCGCCCCUUUGCUACAACUAGCUUUACCUACGGGGCCUCUCUACACAACCCUCGUGAGACUCGCCCGCCGCCGGCUCGUCGCUGGAUGUGGAGGGAACUGGCUUAACGUGUCUACUUCACGGUUAGCAAGUGGUGGAAGCCAGCCAGGUUUUUUUUCUCGCGGAGUUCACUUCUGGAGUUAUUGUUUUCAGUUGGAAUUAUCCCCUUUAUUCUCUCGUUUGGAUUAAUCCAGUGGACUUUAAAAACGAACAAACUUGGAUUAAGUUUGGGAACUCGCCCUGGGAAAAGCGUACUGCCCACUCUGACGGAUGUCCGGCCCGGCUCGAAGGGGGAGGUCUAAAGAGGAGGGAGGUGGCUGCGUGACGUCACAGCUGUAUGUAGCCAGGUGACGAGGACUGCACGUGGAUUAGCCGACUGAGCCCUGCAUUCACUGACUUGUGUGAUUGGAUUCUUGUCAUUUCUGUGAAGUCAGCGCCGACAGAGUCGCUACACACACCGGGACUUGCUCCCUCUGGUACCUGAGACUGCAACGUUUACAUUUGCCUCCAUUCUGUCCUGGUCCUACACCGUUUAGAGGAUCACAACGACUUUUUUUUGUGCGUGGAUAUACUCUUGAUUGACUGACGUCAUGUGGAAGUACUGGUUAUUCUCGCUUUUGAUUUUUCUUCUGGACCUGCAGGUGUGCUGGACAACAGUGUGCAAAACGAAUGGUCCUCUUGGAAUGAUAACGGGUACCAUCAGAGACUGGCAGAUCACUUCUUCCUCCACGUACCCGCAGGAGUGGGAUCGGCGCUGUCACGAGAAGUAUGCCCGCGUCUACCUACCCAACAAGUACGGGUGGUGCGCCAAGUACAAGUCGUCAUCUGAGUGGCUGCAGGUGGACCUGGGAGUCGCCGCCAGGGUAACAGGAGUGAUGACACAAGGUCGUGGCGACGGAACUGAGUGGGUGACACGGUUCAUGGUGUCCUACAGCAUGGACGCCUACCACUGGAACUACAUUGUCGACAACUAUGGAGACCAGCUACUCUUCGAAGGCAACACGGACUCCUACACAGUGAAACAUUCCUACCUGGACAGGCCAAUAAUCGCCCGCUACAUCAAGUUCCACACAGUCCAGUGGCACAGACACCCCUCCAUGAGGGUAGAAAUCCUGGGUUGUCAGCUGUGUAAGGAACCUCUGGGAUUACCUCCCUACGGCACGUUGACAGCCUCGUCCUCCAGAGGGCGCCGCAAGAGGUCGACAUGUCAGCCUGAAGAUGGCCACAUCUUGUCGAGCAAAGGCUGGUGUGCCAAAGCGGAUAACGAUUCCCAAUGGCUGCAGCUGGACGUAGGCCCCCCGACCCUAAUCACGGGGGUGGUGACCAAAGGGCGGGGCGACACGCGACGGAAGCACUGGGUGGAACGAUUCAAGAUCUCGUACUCCAACGAUACCCGUGUGUGGUACUUCUACAAGGACGCUCACCACCUUGACCCAAAGAGUCGAUGGUUGUGGAGCCCCUCGCUUAAUACAACUUCCUCGCAUUUAAUACCUGACAAAUACUCCGAGGAGGGACUGCUGUUUGGCGGCAACUCCGACAAAGAGACGGAGCGAGUUCACUUCCUGAACUCACCUUUCGUGGCUCGCUACGUGCGCUUCAUACCUGUGGAAUGGCGCAAGAAGAUCAGCAUGCGCGCCGGGCUUCUCGGGUGUCCUUUCACAGGCGACUGCGGUGAAGGUUUCAUGCGAGUGAACGAAGACACACCUUGUGUCGAGAACCUGGCCUACAAGAAGGACUCGUGGAUCAACAAGAAGACCCAGUACAAACGUCACAUCCGUCACAAGCUGCCCGAGGGACAUGCGGACCGCGCCGUGGACGGCAACCUGGACGUGCAGCUGCAGUCGUGCACCAUCCUGGACAACCUGUACGGCAAAUACCCGCUGUGGACCGUCGACCUGGGUCAGAAGCAGAGGGUGUCAGGAGUCGUCAUCUACACAUGGCAAGGCGAUGAAAAGGCCACGUCGUUCCGCGAGUACAUGAGCAACCUGGACAAGCUGAUGGUGUACGUGGAUGAUAAGAUUCAGCAGAAGGAGGACGAACACGACGAGUCAUACGCCAGCGGCAACAUGUGCAACUACAUCUCCAGCCUCAACAACGCCCUCUUCGCGCCCAAGGUGGUGAUGCAGUGCGUGCGGACCCUAGUCGGCCGCUACGUCCUCAUCGAGGCCUGGGGCCGCCAGAUCGGCUGGAGCAGGCUUUUCGGGGCCGUGUUGUGUGAGGUCCAGGUCUUCUCCUAAGCCAGGGCCUUGGACUCUUCCCAUCCCUUUGAAGACGUGGACUUUGAAGAAAUUGAUUGUGUUCCGAUUCUGUGGACAGGCGACGCGCAAGCCAAUUAGCUGAAAUACUUAUCGCGUGCACUGAUUAUUUAAAAAGGAAACUAAUUGGUGAUAAUGACCACCAAACGAUAAGAGGACUCCGACUUCUGUAUGUUUCAAAGGAGGAAAUGGAAGAGUACAUUGACUGAACAAGAUUGAGUGUCAUUCACCUCCCUGCCUACUGUGGACUCUUACAAGGGCCAUGUUAUCUUUCAUUACUUUUGUACAAGAAACAGAACUGUCCCUACCCUCAGUGCUUGUUAAUCUUUCGUCUCAUCUCGGAUAUUAAGAACAUUUUGCCUUCAAUUGCCAUACUGGAGUUCGCACAAACGUAUGUGUGCUGAGGAGAGGGAUCGUGGACUAACCACCGAACCUACAUAUUUUAGAAGCGACACGCAAACAAUAAUUUAUAUAAAGUGCAUAAACAUUCUCUCGUACUGGACAGCAAAUAGUUUUCUUAUCAUUUCUAUCGUUUUCUUACAGUAUUGUAAUGCUGCUGUACUUGAUUGUUCAGGGAAGCUGUCCACAACGAAAGUCUGCGAGAAAGUGUACGAAAAAAAGUUCUUCUGACUCGGUAAGCUUCCCCUUAGCGAUGUUAGCUCUUCUGUAAAUAGGUGUGAUGGGUAGUUCGAUCAGGAACAUGCUCCCUCACCCAGCCAAUAUAGAUCCUACUCGCAUUUAAAAAAAAGACUGCGAAUAACUGGUCCAGUUCGGUUUUUUUAAAGAUGAAACGAGAAGCACGGCAUCAGAGAGGAUGCUACUCACUGUAGUCCUCAGAUGCAUGUUGGAAAUCUCAAAGUCCGACUCGGACAAAAUGUUUAAUUAGCACAGUUACAUCCUACAAACCGUAUUCCACGUAUUGCUGUAGGUGACGCGUUGAGGUGACGCACCACUCUUUGAUACUAAACCAUAAACAUAAACCUACUGGUUUAUAUCCUCCAACGCCGACCUCACCGCUUCCUUCACUCGCUGGCCACCCAGCGCAUGUUACUCCAGAGACAAAAACCCUCGAAAACCGCCGACACCAUUUUUAAACCCUAUUUUACUCACUGUUAAUAAAUAAGUUACCGCGGGACAAUUUAUGUUUAGGCACGAGUUUUCAUAAAGUCCAUCUCCGGUAACCGCCGUCAGCAGAUGGCGCCACGUGAUGCCGACCUGAUGAAGGUUCAAGGUUGUGACUCGAGGAGCGAACAUUGGACAGGAGAAGAGGUAGCCGAACACCAGAAGCUGGGAGACAGGUGGUCGAACACUAUUCCCACCACGUGGUAGAGGGAGGGGACCGAGUAGGUGUUCGGACGGUGGUGUUUAAGGAGCACGUGACCCGUGUGUGUCCAGAGAAACAGUUUUGUUCCGAUGAUCUGUGAGGGCGUCGCUCCUGUCAGAAAUUUGCAUCACUGGCUCCCGACAAAUAUUUCCCCCCGUUCCCUUGUUUCAGCUAAAACCAAUUUUAAUGAUGUAAAUUAAUAUAGCAAAGUGGUUAUCAAACAGAGGCCAGUGUCACGCAGAAAUCAUGUACAAAAUAUGCUGUAUUAUUUUAGUCCACUUUGUACUUUGUGUACUUGUUUUGUUUUUCAGUUUGUUUUCAUGCGUUUUCUGACACUAGGCAAUGGAAAUUUCUAGUGUGCUUGUUUGUGAUGCAAAAUUAUUGUUGGUUGUCUUUGGUAAUGUUAUAUCAGGGAUUUAUUGUUACACUAUUAACUGUUAUGUCUUUGCCUUGGACAAGGGCGUGUUUGGGGAUUAAUGUCGGAAUCUGUUUUUUGAGGUAGCUAAUUUAACUUCGUACAUCACUUAUACAUCACUAGUACAUCACCAAUAACACUCACAGUACCUUAGCUUUAUCUAUAACCAGUGCUCUAGGACCGAGGACAUCAUCUGACCCUGUGCCAACAGUCCUACAAUGAAUCCCAAAAGUUAAUGAAUGCAGCUAACACACAAACAACGGAAAGAAAAUAGAUAAAUGAUCAUUAUGGUAAUAGAUCACGAUAAAUAGUUUUUGAAAAAUGGUCUAGAGACAUGAAAAAAUGUGAUAAGAAUUAACCAUGAUUGCAAGAAUGUCUAAGACUAGCAUAAAAAUGAAAAUCUUAUCGUCUUCAAGACACAAGUGGAGAGACAGAAGGAAGUAACUAGAGAGAAAUGGAGAACUGCUUCAUGUAACGACGCGGAAGGCUUAGAUCGCUAGCCGAGGAUGUAGGCAACACUUAGAUGAAAUAGAAUGACAAACACAUAUGCAAGUUUUCUCUGUUAGUGUGUUUGUGUGUGUGCUUGCGUGAAUGUUUGCGAGAAAGUGCGUGUGCCACAUAUACUGUAGUCUCGGCAGCCAUCCUUCCUAACUAGAGUUUAGCAAUUUUUUUUUUCUCUUUUUUAAUAUCUGAAAACGAACUUACAAAAUAAAUGUGGAAGGGCGACUUGCGUGACUUUUGUACAUAGGAAAUGUAGUUUGCCCUGCAGGUAGCCUCUGACCUCAUCGACUUCUGGUGCCUUCUUGUUUCAGAAGCUUUACAAACAGAACAGAGAAACAUGUACGCUGUAAGCUUUCUCUGCAUAAUUACUAUUAAUAUUUCAUCAUUUGGUAAGCUUGAAUGUGAUUGGAAAGACUGUUUACCGUUUUAUAUAUGGACGCUAGAGUUUGUUAAAGGUGAACAGACUGUUUCUCGUGCGAACAAUUGCGGGUGCUGGCGCGCGCGUACGUGUGCGCGAGGAAGAGAGAAAGAUGUUUACUUGUACUUCAGAAAGGAAUUGUACCUGUUUUCUUUUAUUGUAUUUGUACUUCUCAUUGCUGAUGAAACACCUGUUGUUUUUUUCUUCAUCUCCGCAUAUUUUAUGUCAUACUGGAUGUAUAUUGCUUUCACAUAUUUAUUUCGUAAUACCGUCAUUAUACACAUGCGAAAUCAUCUUGACUUCCAUCUUGAAUCUCGCGUCAAAACACAGGGAGGGGAAGAAAACCGACAUGGAGAGAGAGAGAAGGAAGGAAACUUCUUUGUUUUUACUGGAUAGUUGUUCGAUACAUUAAUAAUGCAGCGAGUAAAAACAUCCGAAGUUAACGAAAUUGUUGACCAACAGUUUUGAAAAUGGCUGUUAGCAAGUACUGACAGUGUGUGCCUUUAAUUUGAAUACAAGAAAUAAUAACUCUCCCGUCAUCUGUACCUUUCUUUUGGCUACAAAAACGGAGAAGGCAGGAAGUAAGUGGAAUAUGAGUGGUAAGAAUGUCCUACCCCUACAUGUAGGCAGGUAGUGCUGGCGCAACACUUGUCGUUACCGACAGGGAGGACCGGCUGUUGGAAUAUCUCCGGCACGCUGUUCUGUGUUACACCUGUUCAGCUCCGGCAGCGUUGCCAUGGCGCAACAUUAGCUUGUUGACUCCUCACAAAACACAUUUCUUAAUGUCUUAAGUAGUUCCUUCCCUUUUAAUUUCAUAGGUGGUUAGUUUCCAGCCAUGUUAUUGCUUUGUAUUCUUGCCGACCGAAUUAUAAGGCAACCUUAGCGGUGUUGUGUUGGCAUUGUUUGUAGUGUUGGCGAUGUUGUGAGAAAAAUAAAAACCGCCUCAGUUUGUUGCACCAAGAGGACGGAGGUGGUGUUGCGAGUAGGGGGAGCAGCCAGAAAAUUUCUGACGAUGUAGCCGCCCAUCUCCUCCCGCCCUGCUUUACUUUGUUAUUACUUUUGUUACAGGACUACAGUUACAGACGAAACUACACACUGUCAUGAAGGGUUUCAACAAGAGAGGAUCCCAAUCAUAAUUAUUUUGAACUUAGUUUUUGGUUUUAAAUGCUCAGCUGAAACCUUGCUUUACUUAAAAAACUUAGUUUAUUUAGGUUUCAGUCUCCCUCACCACCACCACCCCAGCAGACACACCGCAACCCAGACUUUGUUACUCAGCUAUCAGUCUUCCUAAAGUUCUUUUCUUCGUCACAAUCAGCAAAGUUUCAUUUCGGUUUCUUCAUACCAGAUCUGGGUGAACUGUCGUUUUUCAAUUAUACUGGUUGCAUGCAUUUACUGUUGAAUGCCCCCACCUCCACCCUUCCCCGCAACAAGCGUAUUCCGUUUGUCUGUACGUGUCACUGGUCGUGAUAUCUGCUGCAUAACGUUUAUGUUCAUGUUCCAACUUAAUUUACUGAAAUAAAGUUAUAAAUACUGAAA